AUGUCAAGAACGAAAGCGCAUGCCCGCAAACAAGGUGGACGGAAGCGAAGUCUCGAAGAUGUUGAUGGGACCGAAAAUGAUCGUCCUUCAAAACGACAAGCCUCGCAACCUACACCUCUACCCAGGCCUACCGAAGUCGACGAGACCAUUGCCAUGAUGAACCCUGCUCUGCUCGCUGAUCAUUUCGCCAAGGCAAUCAGAAAGUACAAUCCGAACAGCGCUUCUCUGGAGCUCGAAGAACAAUACCUGCCCACAAAGGCGUUUCGAGAUACCACUGGUUUCGACGGGAUUCAUAGCGCUGACCGACUGGCAGCUUUCCUCGAGCAAUUUUCGGAGAACGGCAAAGCCGAGUUGACCGCAUGCGAAGCAAAGCAACAACCACACACCCUAAUCAUUGCUCCUUCGGGAAUCCGGGCGGCGGACCUCAACAGGGAAAUGCGUGGUUUCAAUACCAAGCAAUCCAAAGUCGCAAAGUUCAUUGCGAAGCACAUGAAGCUCAAAGAGAACGUGGAAUACAUGAAAAAGAACAAGGUGGGAAUUGUCAUCGGCACGCCUGCAAGAUUAGUAGACGUGAUCGGCACCGGGGCAAUCAAGGAAACCAGUGUUCGGCGAAUUGUCGUGGAUGGGUCCUAUCGCGACGAGAAGAAGAGAAAUAUCUUUGAGAUGCAGGAACUGUUUCAACCGCUACUGGCAUUGCUGAACCUCAAGGCUUUUCGAGCCAGGUACGACGCGGAGGACCAACUUGAAAUCCUUGUGUUCUGA